AUGGCGGUGCUUUGGCAACAGCCAGCGGAUGAGCAGAUCGCCCCGGUCCUCCAUCUAGUGGUGUGAAAAGUAAAGAUGAAGAUACUGGAGAGAGGACACUGGGCCAGUAAGGUGGAGUUUCUUUUGGCUAUUGCGGGGAAUGUUGUCGGCCUGGGCAAUGUGUGGAGAUUUCCUUACAUCUGCUACAAAUAUGGAGGCGGUGCAUUCUUGGUGCCAUAUCUUGUAUUUGUGGUGACAUGUGGUGUACCCCUGUUCCUUCUGGAAACCGCUAUUGGCCAGUACACACAGGAGGGGGGCAUCACCUGCUGGAGGAAGCUUUGCCCGCUGGCAGAAGGUAUUGGCUAUGGUGGGCAGCUGAUCCUCUUGUAUGCUUGUAUGACCUACAUCAUAAUUCUUUCCUGGGCUUUGCUGUACCUCGUAUUCUCGUUCAGUUCUGAGCUGCCUUGGGCGAGCUGCGACAACUAUUGGAACACAGAUGACUGUGUUGACAUUUCAGUACCAAAUAGCACCUCCAAAUGGACAAACCAGACCAAUGGAACCUCUGCUGCCAGAGAAUUCUGGGAGAGACGAGUGUUGGCUCUGUCAGGAGGUAUUGAGCAGAUCGGUGGCAUCAGGUGGGAGAUGCUGUUGUGCCUAAUCGCUAUGUGGAUCAUCUGUUACUUUUGUAUUUGGAAAGGGGUCAGGUCAACAGGAAAGGUGGUUUAUUUCACUGCUACCUUUCCCUAUAUAAUGUUGUUCACCCUGCUGAUCCGUGGACUCUCGCUUCCUGGGGCUAUUGAGGGAGUGAAGUUUUAUCUUCUACCUGAACCAUCACAUCUCACAGAUCCUCAGGUUUGGAUGGAGGCCGGAGCUCAGAUCUUCUUCUCAUACAGUGUGGGUGUGGGAAUUUUAACUGGGCUUAGCAGCUACAACACCUACAACAAUAACUGCUACAGAGACUGUCUGUGGCUGUGUUUGCUGAACAGUGCUACCAGUGUGGUUGCUGGCUUUGCAGUCUUUUCUGUGCUGGGAUUCAUGGCUCAUGAACAGGGUGUUCCCAUUGCACAGGUUGCAGAAUCAGGACCAGGCCUGGCAUUCAUUGCAUACCCCCAGGCUGUAGUCAUGAUGCCUCUCCCUCAACUAUGGUCUGUUUGUUUCUUUGUCAUGCUCAUUCUCCUGGAUCUGGACACAGAAUUUAUUACAAUGGAAGUGGUGAUAACAUCCAUCACAGACAUGUUUCCAAGACAACUGCGCAAGGCAGGGCGACGGGAACAUUUCCUGCUCCUUUUCUGCCUCAUAUGCUUCUUCUCUCAGCUCAUCAUGAUGACUGAGGGAGGAAUGUAUGUGUUCCAGUUGCUUGACUACUAUGCCUGUAAUGGAGCCUGCAUCCUCUUUCUCUGUGUGUUUGAAUGUUUGGUACUGGGCUGGGUAUUCGGUGCAGAACGAAUCAGUGUCAUCAUAAAGGACAUGACAGGGAUACACCCAAAUUCAUUCUUUAAAAUCUGCUGGUGUUACCUCACUCCGCUGGUUGCACUGGGUACAUUUAUAUGUUCCUUAAUUAAGUACCAGCCUCUGACCUUUAAUCGGUGGUACGUGUAUCCGACAUGGGCCUAUGUGCUGGGCUGGGUACUGGCACUCUCCUCCAUCCUGUGUGUGCCUGGAUGGGCUCUCUAUAAACUGUGCACUGGCAGCGGAACUCUAAGUCAGGUUGGAGAACCUUCAGAUAAAUUACGUUUUUGCAAAAUGCUGGCUAAUUUGGAGAGUUGUGCAUAUAAAGCUGAUCCUCGUGCAAUGAUCUUAGUCAUCUCCAGUGCCAGAGUUCUGCCCUUUGUGCUUCCGGACAAACUGAACAGCAUGCAAAUGGACCCCUGCCUGGUCACUUGGAUCUCCAGCUACCUCACUGACAGGCCACAGUAUGUCAGGCUAAAGGACACCACAUCUGACACUGUGAUUAGCAGCAUCGGAGCACCACCACAGGUGAUGGUGCUGGCCCCAGUUCUGUUCAGCCUGUAUAACUCAGACUUCUCCUAUAGCUCUGAACUGUGUCGCAUCCAGAAGUUCGCAGAUGACACAGCCAUUGUUGGAUGCAUCAGGAAUGACAGCGAGGAUGAGUACAAGAGCCUACAUGUCUCUACCUCUCUAGGCUACACUCAACCUGCUCUCUACGCUCACUAA